AUGGAAACUUUCAAGGAGAUGCUUGGGCCAGAGCAUCCUGACACUUUAAAAAACAUGGCCAAUCCGGCAUCAACCUACCGGAGUCAGCAACGAUGGGAGGAAGCUGAAGAUCUUCAGGUGCAGGUUAUGGAAACUCGCAAGGAGGUGCUUGGACCAGAGCAUCUCUCCACUCUGAUCAGCAUGGGCAAUCUGGCAUCAAUCUACUGGAAUCAGGGAAGAUUGAAGGAAGCUGAAGAGCUUGAGGUGCAGGUAAUGGAAACUCGCAAGGAGAUUCUUGGGCCAGAGCAUCCCGACACUCUGACCAGCAUGAAUAACCUGGCCUUCACCUUGAGAUCCUUAGGCAAAAAUGAAGCGGCCGUAAAAAUGAUGGCUCAAUGUGCUGAAUCUCAUAACCAGCAAUUAGGCCCAAGCCAUCCAUCCACAUUAUCAUCCAUGUCCACUUGGAAACAGUGGCAUAGUACAGAUGAAACCUCACCCUUCAAGCCUGCUGUGCCGCACGUUGAAACGUUAUUAGAGGAUGAGACCCAUACAACGUCCACGGAAGCUACAACUAGAGCUUCUUCUAUGGGCAGUCUGUCUAAGCGACAGAUUUUUAUUACCUUGUUGAUGCUAGCCCUGAGCCUUAUCUAUGUAUUGAACGGGGGGUGA